CUUUCUGGGAAGAAGCCUACCUGCUGCAUCUAAAGGGACCGGCAGGACCCCGUGUGGAUCCCUGAACGACCUAUCAGGCGAGUGCAGAACAAUGAGGAUCAGGAGACUGGCGCUGAUUAUACUAUGGCUCAUCCUACUGAUGAUCCUGAACGGGCAGACGGAGCUGAGAUGGGGGAUUCUUUCCGUGUUUCCACGACCAAUGCCAAUUCGUCAUGAUGCUAAGUUGUUUCCCCUUCUGUUUAGUAGUAAUAGAAGUCUUGAUGUUCUCUAUUUGCCAUUAGAAGCGGAUUUAGCCCCCAUAGGAGAAAAUAGAUCCUUUAACUUAGAAGGGACCUUAUGUUUUUAUAUAGUCCAUAAUAUUUCUGAAGCAUCUUCCUGCAUUCCCUUGUAUAACCAAACAGCUGGUUGGUUUGACUUACCCCCGGAUUCCGGUGGCCCCUGUCAUUCAUCGAAUGCCACCUGGGUAUCAGGAUGGUGGCCUGCUAAAAUGAGCGAUAGUAUUCCUCCACGCCAACCGAAGAGGGCUCCCUAUUGCUGGGGAGUAAAUCGGGGAGAAAUCUGGCCUUGGACUGGUUGUCAGUCCCACACGGUAACGUGGGUCGAUAAAGCGCAACGUUUUUCCUUUUCCCCCGGGAUUAGCACCGGGUUUAAUAAAAGUUUUCCAGGGUCUAAUUUUAGUGAUCAAAAUCCUUUUCAAAGCUAUGUGUCUAAUCCUUUUGAUAAUUGGCUACUGUGUGGAAUUAAUGGUAGCUGCAUGAAUUUGGAACCCAUGAUUAUGAUUGGGGGAGGGGUUCAUGGUGUUAGCCAGUUUACCUGGAGCACUUCUCGCCCAUGGGGGCCUGGCAGCCCUAAGUCCCCUCAACUCCAAACAGUCAUGACCCCAGAAGGAGUUGCUGCCGUAUUUUCAACACAAACAGGCUGUUCGAGUGAAGGAGCCAGAGCAGCUCAUAAUAUUACUUAUAAUUCCACCCCUGUUUGUGUUUAUCCUCCUUUUCUGUUUAUUGUAAGCAGAGCAGAGCCAACUUAUUGUGAUAAUGAUAGUUGCUUUUAUACCCAAUGUUGGAAUGCCAGUCAAUUUAAAUAUGCGAUUGUCACCCGUAUGCUCCUCACACCAUGACUUCAUUCAGAAAAAAAAAAAAAAAAAGAUUUUGGAAUUACCGCUGCCAUCAUAACUGCCAUUUCCUUGGCGGCGGCUGGAGCUAACACGGCAGCUAUUGCCAUGAGCCAUACUGUGCAGACUGCUGCAGACUUUGAAUAAUCUUUCAGCCAAUGUUGCAUUGGCCCUGGAUGUUCAAAAAGGUAUUAAUGCAUAAUUAAAAGGAGGAUUGAUGGUAAUUAAUCAAAGAAUUGAUUUGGUACAGGAGCAAAUUGAUGUUCUUUGACAAUUGGCUCAACUGGGCUGCCAAUGGAAAUAUGCAGGGCUUUGUGUGACUAGCAUACAAUACGAGAAUUUUACCCAUGCUGCAAAUUUAUCUAAACAAUUAUCUAGUUAUCUUUUAGGUUUGGACUGUAGAAUUUGAUGCCAUGAUGGAACAGCUCAGGGUAGCCAUUGUCACCGUGAAUUCUACCCGGGUGGAUGCCGGAAUGGCUGAAGGACUUUCUACCUGGAUCUCAGCAGCGAUGAACCAUUUGAAGGAAUGGGCGGGUUUAGGAGCUAAGCUGGUCUCAUGGUGAUAGUCUCCCUGGCUUGUCUGUGGUGUAUUUGUAGGAUUAGAGGCUCUCAGAGUCGCGAUGCAGCCAUAUUCAUUCAAGACUUUGCAGCCCUAGAGGCUGGCCAAUCUCCCCAUGUAUGGUUAGCUACCAUGAAACAUUAAUUUGACGCAUUCAGGGUGCGAGACAAGGCACUGCACUCAAGGAUGGCUGUCCACCAACCUUGAGAAGAGCAUGCCUGCUGCAUGUGGGUUGAUGCCCAAGACCCCACCUCUGGAAAAUGGCAUCGAGCUGAUCUGGUACUCUCUGCGUGGAAGACACUCAGGGAGAAUCAGUGCAAGGCUCUUGGUUCACAGAGAGCAGGCCACUACUCUUACCUGUAGCGUUAAAACAAAAAAAGGGGGAACUGUGGAGAGCUGGUUUCUGCCCAUCACCCCCUCAUAAUAAUGUGCUCUAAGUCACAUACUAUCCCAUACAUCAUGGCUAAGACUGAUAAGGUGAUCUAAGUUACAGACCAUUCCAUAUAUGGCCUACACUGAGAAUGUGGCUUGCUUUCAUGUACCUAGACCUAUCCGCAUUUCCCACGUAGCUUGCUGGGGCUGGCUGACCAGGGGCUACUUUAGCUGUGGGUUGGC